ACCCUAAGUUGUACCCCUUCCUUCGGCCAGCCGCAUCUCUCUCUCUCUCUCUCAAUCUCUCAAAAAGCUCUCUUAUUUGGGAGAACGAACGGCCACCCGCCAUUAAGGCGCUGCCGACGCCGACAACGGGGUCUUGCAUCCCUCGCUGUUGUACACUUGGCUCACUAGUACCAAGGUGGAGCUUGCCCUGUCUUGGGAUUAGUGCCAGUCAUAGGCCCCAGAAUUCAGGCUUAAGUUACAUUUUAUUUUCUCAAGAAUGGAUGCUCAGGCAAGAAAGAAAGCCUUGUAUCGUGCAAAAUUGAGUGCUAAUAAACUAGAGAAGCGCAUAGAAUCUCCCCUUGUGAGGUACAAUGAAUUUGAUCAACCUGUCUGUAGAGUUUGUGAUGUUGUUUUGAAAUCCGAGUCACUUUGGCCUGCACACCAAGCUUCUCGUAAACAUCAUGAGGCAAUUAAUAAUGUUAAAGCUAAUGCUGCUGGAUUAGCACGGGUUAGUAAUAUAAAAACAGAGUCCCCUGUAGAGUUACCCAGACCUAAAUCUGGACAUUCUUCAGAGUUGCAUGAUUCCAGACCUGAAGUAUCCAUGGAAUUGACUAAAGCACGUUCGUCGUCUGUGCUUCCACCAGAUUUUUUUGACAAUAAUGAGACGAAGAGGCCAAAAGCUGAUGUAACCACAAUGGGAAAUCCUGAUACAUACAAAAAGGAAGGAGGUUCUGUUCAAACUCAAGUGGCAGAGGCAAUUAAUUCUGAGAGUAAGGCAGAAGCAUUCUCUAGUGGGAAGGUCGUGGACAGAAAAAUAAACCAAUCCCAGCCUACUGGAGAGCAUAAACAGACGUCAAAAGUGAUUGUUAGUGCAGAGACCACACAAUCUAAGGGAGCUCUUCCUGCAGGCUUCUUUGAUGACAAAGAUGCUGACUUACGUGCUCGUGGCAUUACACCUGUUAAGCCAGAUGUCAAAGAUGAGUACAGGGAAUUUGAAAAGUUGAUCAAGGAUGACUUACAGGAGGUGGACAACCGUUUGGAAGAAGAGGAGAUUGAUGCAGCUGAGAUGAUUGAAGAGGCUGAGUCUGUGGAGCAAAAGGGCUAUAGGGCGAGAGUGGAACUGUUGAAGAAGAAGAAAAUGGAGCUAAUUGCUGCUAGGUCUGUCCCACAUCGUAGAGAUCCUCAAGUCGCAAGUAAAGGGUCUGAUCAUGAAGAGUCAUCGAGUGAUGACGGUAGCGAUGAGAAUUUCACUGUUGAUUGGCGAGCUAAACAUCUGUAAUCACUAUUUGUGAUACGGUCUCUCUCUCUCUCUAACCACCAACCUUAGACAGUCGUGCUUGUGUGAUGCAACAUAUGCUUGAGAAAAUCAUUUCUCAACGUUUUGAGUUCAUGUAGCUCGACAACAAUGGCUCCGUAGAUGGCUUAAAAAAGUUGUGAAUUGCUGACAGGUGCUAGAGGCCCAGAACUGCCCCCUCUAAUUAGAUGCUUACUGGCCGGUUUGUACUGGAGACAUCAAUUGGACGCCUUGUCUUAGUUAAGCGCUGGAGUGGGACCCAGACGGUAUUCGGAACCUCGGUAGUGACCCUUAACCCUUCCAGUGUAUGGUACGAAACUCAGUGGAUUUGGCUUCAGAAAACAAGCAUCCGUUGCUUCUUUGAGAUUGUAAGGUGACAGUGGUCUGUAAAUAAAUGCUCUCAUUUUAAGUAGAACUGUUGUGUAAACAUAAAAUGAGGUAAGUUUCUCGAGGCAAAGCACGGGACGAGUCAUAUAAAUAAAUCUGAUGCAUUCUAAUUUACUCAUUUAGUUAA